GCGCCUGCGCAGUGGCUCCGAGCGGGCGGUUGCUUGUUGGUUGUUGUAGUAACGGGGGAAGCAGCCGUCGGCAGCCGCGGUGAGCCCGGCUGGGAAAGGAGCAGGGAGGUAGGCGCAGAGCGUGGUCCCCACAUGCGCGCCGGAGCCAUGGGAAGAUGAGACAGGAAUCUGUGCCACCCGAAUCGUUUGAUCCAGUGAGUCUGCAAGGAAAGGUCUCUGAGGCCCCUGUCUGCUGACUGCAUGACAGACCCCAGAGGAGAUGCCCGUCGUGAUGGCCCGGGACCUGGAGGAAACAGCAUCAUCCUCGGAGGAUGAGGAGGUGAUCAGCCAGGAGGAUCACCCGUGUGUCAUGUGGACUGGAGGCUGCCGGAGGAUCCCAGUUCUGGUUUUCCACGCUGAGGCUAUUCUGACGAAGGACAACAACAUUCGAAUUAUUGGAGAACGUUAUCAUUUAUCUUACAAGAUUGUACGGACGGACAGUCGCCUGGUACGCAGCAUCCUAACAGCCCAUGGGUUUCAUGAAGUUCACCCAAGCAGCACUGACUAUAACCUAAUGUGGACAGGAUCCCACCUGAAGCCCUUCUUACUUCGCACCCUCUCUGAAGCACAAAAGGUCAAUCACUUUCCCAGGUCUUAUGAACUAACCCGGAAAGACCGACUGUACAAAAACAUCAUUCGAAUGCAGCACACGCAUGGAUUCAAGGCUUUUCACAUCCUCCCUCAGACCUUCCUCUUGCCAGCGGAGUACGCGGAGUUCUGCAAUUCAUAUUCAAAGGACCGGGGACCUUGGAUAGUAAAACCAGUGGCCUCUUCCAGGGGGCGAGGCGUCUACCUGAUCAACAAUCCAAACCAGAUCUCCCUGGAAGAGAACAUCCUGGUCUCCCGGUACAUUAACAACCCCCUGCUUAUAGACGAAUUCAAGUUUGAUGUGCGCCUGUAUGUACUCGUGACUUCCUAUGAUCCUCUCGUCAUCUAUCUCUAUGAAGAAGGACUGGCUAGGUUUGCCACUGUGCGUUAUGAUCAAGGCGCCAAGAACAUUCGGAACCAGUUCAUGCACCUGACAAACUACAGCGUGAACAAGAAGAGUGGCGACUACGUCAGUUGUGAUGAUCCUGAAGUGGAGGAUUAUGGGAACAAGUGGAGCAUGAGUGCUAUGCUUAGGUAUCUGAAACAGGAGGGCAGAGAUACAACUGCGUUGAUGGCCCACGUAGAGGACCUGAUCAUUAAGACCAUCAUCUCUGCCGAGCUAGCCAUCGCCACUGCCUGUAAGACCUUCGUCCCUCAUCGCAGCAGCUGUUUCGAACUCUAUGGCUUUGAUGUACUCAUAGAUUCUACUCUGAAGCCAUGGUUGUUGGAAGUGAAUCUCUCUCCUUCUUUGGCCUGCGAUGCGCCUUUGGACCUAAAGAUUAAAGCCAGUAUGAUUUCAGAUAUGUUCACUGUCGUAGGAUUUGUGUGUCAAGAUCCUGCCCAGCGGGCAACGACCCGGCCAAUUUAUCCCACCUUUGAGUCUUCCAGGCGAAACCCUUUCCAGAAACCUCAGCGUUCCCGUCCACUCUCUGCCAGUGAUGCAGAAAUGAAAAACCUCGUGGGCUCAGCCCGGGAGAAGGUGCCGGGGAAGUUAGGUGGUUCUGUGCUUGGCCUGUCAAUGGAGGAGAUCAAAGUUUUACGGAGGGUGAAGGAGGAGAAUGAUCGGAGAGGUGGAUUUAUUCGCAUAUUUCCUACAUCUGAGACGUGGGAAAUAUAUGGGUCCUACCUGGAGCACAAGACCUCUAUGAACUACAUGUUAGCAACACGCCUCUUCCAGGACAGGGGAAACCCAAGAAGAAGCCUAUUGGCAGGAAGAACACGAAUGACUGCGGACGGAGCACCGGACUUGAAGGUAGAGAGCGUGAAUUCAAAGGCCAAGCUGCAUGCUGCUCUUUACGAGAGGAAGCUUCUGUCUCUGGAGGUGCGAAAACGUAGACGACGGAGUGGCAGAUUGAGGGCAAUGAGGCCAAAAUACCCAGUGAUUACGCAGCCAGCUGAAAUGAAUGGUGACGCUGAGUCGGAGAGCGAAGUGGAAGAAGAAGUUGCGUUAGACAAUGAAGCUGAAGAACAGGAAGCUUCCCAAGAGGAGUCUGCAGCAUCCAGCGGGGAAAAUCGGGCCGCAUGCACACCCUCGCUGAGCGACACAGUAGACAGUCCACCCAAAGAGAAUUCCAUGAACGUCCCUGAAUGGAGUAAUAAAGAAGAGUGCUGCAACCUCGAGGCCCAGGAGGCAGAGCCCAAGUUUAACCUGAUGCAGAUUCUGCAAGAUAAUGGGAAUCUUAGCAAAGUGCAGGCCCGGGCGGCAUUCUCUGCCUAUCUGCAGCAUGUUCAGGUUCGCCUGAUGAAAGAGCACGGAGGCCAGAACCUCAGCACCAGCUGGGCUGCCAAAGAGGACGAGCAGAUGGAGCUGGUGGUUCGUUUCCUCAAGCGGGCAGCGAGUAACCUGCAGCAUUCCCUAAGGAUGGUCUUACCUAGUCGACGAUUGGCACUCCUGGAACGCAGGCGAAUCCUGGCCCACCAACUGGGUGACUUCAUCAUUGUGUACAACAAGGAAACAGAACAGUUGGCUGAAAAGAAAUCAAAGAAGAAACUGGAAGAGGAAGAGGAAGAUGGAGUGAAUACAGAAAACUUCCAGAAGUUCAUCACACAAGCAAGUGAGGCUGAACUGGAGGAAGUGUUGACCUUUUACACCCAAAAAAACAAGUCUGCAAGUGUCUUCCUGGGGACUCACUCUAAAAGUUCUAAGAGCAGCAGUAGUUAUUCUGAUAGUGGGGCCAAAGGUGAUCACCCUGAGACUGUGGAGGAAGUGAAAAUAAAGCCGCCUAAGCAACAACAGGCAACAGAAAUCCACUCUGAUAAGCUGUCACGAUUUGCCACUCCAGCGGAAAAAGAGACUAAAGUAGUCUAUGCCAGUCCUUCCUCCACUGCUUUCCCUGGUCCUGCAGCUGCUCCUCUCCACAAAAUUCCCAACACCCAUCUGUCAGCUGUUGUUUCCACCCCUGACCUCUCGCCCGCGCCUGGCCACCGUGCUGCCUUACCUCAGUUUCCUCCAGCAGUCCCCAGCAUGCCUCACCAGCCACCCAUUUUACUGAACCCCGUUCCCGAGAGUGUGUCUUCCAUGCAUACUGGGACGCAGAACGUCCCGAGCCCUGUGGGCUUGCCACGCUGCCGCUCAGGCAGUUACACCGUUGGCCCGUUCUCCUCUUUCCAAAGCGCUGCGCACAUCUACAGCCAGAAGCUGUCCCGUCCCUCUUCAGCCAAGACAGCAGCUUCGUGCCACCCAAGCAAGCAUCACUCAGGAGUAGCCAAAAUACAAAAAGAGGGAGAAGAUGGUUCUCUGUACGGCAAACGGUACAACCAAAGCAUGGUGACGGCUGAACUUCAGCGGCUGGCCGAGCGGCAGGCAGCAAGGCAGUAUUCUCCGUCCAGCCACAUCAGCCUGCUCACGCAGCAGGUGACAAACCUGAAUUUGGCAAGCGGCGUCAUGAACAGAAGUAGUACUUCAACUCCCCCAACCCUCAGACCCAUCAUCAGUCCUGGGGGGCCAACGUGGCCCAUACAGCCAGACCCUCACGCUCCCGAGAACCACUCCAGCCCUCCCGGAAGCAGGAGCCUCCAGGCAGGUGGCUUUGCAUGGGAGGGUGAGCUGGAGAACAAUGCAUACAGCAAGGCGACAGGGGUGGUCCCCCAGCACAAGUACCACCCCACGGCGGGCAGCUACCAGCUGCAUUUUGCCCUGCAGCAGCUUGAACAGCAAAAACUCCAGUCCCGGCAGCUUCUGGACCAGAGUCGAGCCCGGCACCAGGCGAUCUUUGGCAGCCAGGCACUACCCAACUCCAAUGUAUGGACAAUGAGUAAUGGCGCAGGCUGCAGAAUCUCCAGUGCCGCAGCCAGUGGCCCGAGGCCAACCAGUCUGCCACAAAAAACGGUGCCGCCUCCAAGCUCCUCCUCCUCCCUGGUCCCCAAGCCCCCAGCCAAUCACAAGCAAGCGCUCAGAAAGGCCACAUCCCAGAGGGCUUCCAAAUCCUGCUCACACUAAAAGAUGAACCACAGACACGUGGAGGAAGGACCCGUUCACUCCUCCUGGGUGCGUGACCAAGGGCGAGGUGGCUGCCGGCACUGUGAGGGCUGCAUAGUGGUUUGGGGGCUGCCUCCGGGUCCCCAGAGCCUGGAGCAGAAGUGACAGCCAACGCCUGCCUGCCAUGCAGCCAAGCCAGCCCCCGACUGGGGAGCCCAGGAGGGAAGAUCCCCUGGGUGCUGGUGGCCCCGGGCAGUGGGGACGUGGCACGCAUGGGUUCCGCCCCAUCAGAGCACACGUGCCCAUCCCCCCCCCCCCGGGCCCUGUCCCCCAGCCCAUGCAGGUCUGCUCUGUCCCUUCCCCGCUACGGCCCAGAGACGCUAUGAGAGGCUCCCUGUUUGCAUCUUGCUUCCUCUU